AUCUACAAAUUCGUUAUUGAGAAGUAAUGCGAUGAUUUUUUUUUACACAUGCUAAAUUGAAGAAUAACACGUCAACAAUCUAGCUAGACAGACUGAUUUAUGAUAAAUAACCGGCAGUCUAAACAGAGAUGACGUCCAUCAUCAAGUUUUGCGCGCUUUCGGGUGCGCUUGAUGAUUCACCACAUUCUUACCUACUAAAAGUGGACGAUUUCACAUUCUUGCUGGAUUGUGGCUGGGAUGAAAAGUGCUCUGAAGGAUUCAUACUUGAGCUAAAAAAGCAUGUGAACAAGAUUGAUGCUGUGCUUUUGUCAUAUCCUGAUCAACUGCAUCUGGGAGCAUUACCAUAUGCGGUUGGGAAACUUGGCCUUUCCUGCCCAGUGUAUGCAACAGUUCCUGUUUACAAAAUGGGACAGAUGUUUAUGUAUGAUUGGUACCAGUCCAUGGACAACAUGGAAGACUUUGAUCUGUUCACAUUGGACGAUGUUGACAACUCAUUUGAUAAAGUUGUACAAUUAAAAUACAGCCAAAGUGUGCCUCUUAAGGGAAAAGGGCAAGGGUUGAUUAUCACACCACUUCCAGCAGGACAUAUGUUGGGAGGAACAGUGUGGAAAAUAGUAAAAGAUGGUGAAGAGGAUAUAAUUUAUGCUGUGGAUUAUAAUCACAAAAAGGAACGCCAUCUAAAUGGUUGCGAGUUAGAAAAGAUACAACGACCAUCGCUUCUCAUUACCGAUGCAUUUAACACCCUUUACCAACAGCCCAGAAGACGAAGCCGUGAUGAAAAACUGAUGACGAAUAUCCUACAAACGUUGAGAGGAGGUGGUAAUGUCCUUAUCGCCGUAGACACGGCUGGAAGAGUUCUCGAAUUGGCUCAUAUGUUGGAGCAGUUGUGGAGAAAUCAAGAAUCUGGUUUGAGAGCAUACAGUUUGGCUCUGCUAAACAAUGUAGCCUACAAUGUGAACGAGUUCGCCAAAUCACAGAUAGAAUGGAUGUCAGAUAAGUUAAUGAAAUCUUUUGAAGGAGCAAGAAAUAAUCCAUUUGGAUUUAAGUACUUACAGUUAUGUCACACCUUGUCGGAGGUGCUUCGCAUACCUGGCUCAAAAGUAGUUCUGUCCAGUUGGCCAGAUUUGGAGUGUGGAUUUGCCAGAGAUCUGUUUGCCUUAUGGUGUUCCGAUUCCAGAAAUUCUGUUGUUCUAACCAGUCGGUCAGGACAAGGCACGCUGGGCCAACGCUUGUAUAAUCAGCCAAAUUUAAAGUCGGUCACGCUCGAACUGAAACAGCGUGUCAAACUAGAAGGUGCGGAGUUGGAAGAAUACCGAAGAAGAGAACGAGAGAAAAAUAUUUUAGCAGGGGUAAAAGUCAAAGAUCAAACUGUAGCUGAGUCCAGUGAAUCGGAAGAUGAGGUGAAAAAAGGCCGGCAUGACAUUGUUGUACGGUCAGACGAUAAAAGUCCAGGAGCAGUACAGCACUUUUUUAAAAGUUCGAAGAAGCAUCCCACCAUGUUCCCGUAUUUUGAAGAUAAAAUUAAAUUCGAUGAGUAUGGUGAGAUUAUCCGCCCAGAAGAUUACGUCAUCGCCGAAUCUGAAGACCACGAUAUGACGGACUAUUCGGUCGAAAAACCUAAAUGGGAAGAAGAACCGGAAACAGCAGAGUGUCCUACCAAGUGCAUUUCCACCACGACAACCUUGCCGAUCAAUGCAAGUAUCCAGUAUAUUGAUUUCGAGGGACGAUCUGACGGUGAAUCCAUCAUAAAAUUGAUUGAAUCCAUGAAACCGAAGAGAACCAUAGUCGUCAGAGGAUCGCCCGAAUCUUGCCAAGCACUACAUAAUUUAUGUCUUUCAACUGGGUCAUCAGAUAAUAAAGCCUUUAUAGCCCGAAAAGGAGAAACAAUUGAUGCAACAAUCGAAAGCCAUAUUUACCAAGUGCGCUUAAAAGACUCAUUGUUGUCUUCGCUUUCCUUCGGUAAAGCAAGGGAUGCUGAAGUGGCCUGGAUUGAUGCAAAACUUACUUAUCAAGCAGAAGACUUACGGGACUUGGACGAUAAAGAAAAUAAUUCGCUACGUAAAGAGCAAGCCCCGCUGUUGGAGCCGUUAGAGCCCAAAGAUAUUCCUGGCCACGAGACAUCAUAUAUCAACGAACUGAAGUUAUCGGAUUUUAAACAAGUGCUCGUGCGUCAUGGUAUCCCAUCUGAGUUUAUUGGAGGCGUUCUUUGGUGCUGUAAUGGCAAUGUUGCACUUCGCAGGAACGAGUCGGGUAAAGUCACGCUGGAAGGCUGUGUAUCUGAUGAUUAUUACCGCGUCAGAGAAUUGUUAUACGAUCAGUACGCUAUUAUCUAAAAUAUCGGUCAUAUCUGUCAGUGCAUAUAUGCAUCUAGAUGAAAGCUUCCAUCCGUCGUUUCCCCCAAUGCGCUUUUGUUUCCUGGAAAUUGAAUAAAUAUGCUUUUGUGAUAAACUA